AUGAAGAAGAAAGGUUUGAAGAAAAAAGGCAGGAACAAGAAAGACAAGAAUAAGAAAGGCAUGAAGAAGAAAGGCAGGAACAAGAAAGAAAGACAAGAAAAAGAAAGACAUGAAGUAGAAAGGUUUGAAGAAGAAAGGCAGGAACAAGAAAAACAAGAAAAAGAAAUGCAUGAAGUAGAAAGGUUUGAAGAAGAAAGGCAGGAACAAGAAAGGCAAGAACAAGAAAGACAUGAAGUAGAAAGGCAUGAAGAAGAAAGGCAUGCUCAAGAAAGACAAGAAAAAGAAAGACAUGAAGUAGAAAGGUUUGAAGAAGAAAGGCAGGAACAAGAAAGACAAGAACAAGAAAGGCAUGAAGAAGAAAGGCAGGAACAAGAAAGGCAGGAACAAGAAAGACAAGAACAAGAGAGACAUGAAGUAGAAAGGCAUGAAGAAGAAAGGCAUGCUCAAGAAAGACAAGAAAAAGAAAGCCAUGAAGUAGAAAGGUUUGAAGAAGAAAGACAGGAACAAGAAAGGCAAGAAAAAGAAAGGCAUGAAGUAGAAAGGGUUCAAGAAGAAAGGCAGGAACAAGAAAGGCAAGAAUAUGAAAGGCAUAAAGUAGAAAGGUUUGAAGAAGAAAGGCAGGAAAAAGAAAGGCAUUUAGUAGAAAGGCUUGAAGAAGAAAGGCAGAAAUAA